AUGCAGCUCUCCACCAAAUUCGCGCUCGCUAUCAUCUUUUCUAUUUGCUUCAUUCUGGCGCUAUCAUGCGCGUUUAUAGGGUAUGACGAUGACCCAGACUACUUCAAAAACAUCCUCAACGAUGUCGCCGCGUCUGACCCCGGCAUCGUCCUCUUGGGUGAGAACGUCGAUGUUGAUGUUGAUGAGCCUUCCCUUGGCAUCCGUUGGUCAGUACUGGGGUGUGGGGUAGGGUACGUUCUGGACGGCAGCCAUGGUGCCCACGAGAGCAACCAGUGUGGGCUGCCGCCCAUGUACUUGGAAAUUUUCGUGGAUGGUGAUGACGAUCCUACAUUCAUUUACAAUCCCGCCGAACUGCCCUCUGUGAAGCAGACAUCGAGACGACGCUACGUUCAGAACAUGGUUCAGUUCGACAGCGACCACUCGCUUGAUGUCCACAACGAUGACCUUUAUCCGUUCGAUACGUACUACCUCACCGGCUCCAUCAUGAUUAAGGACGAGCACAACAACACUCUCCCAAUCUCCAAACUCGCGACACUGGAAGAGGCCGAUGCUUUCAGCGUCAAGAGCGAAGACGUCGAAACUUACGUAACAGUCAACGGCACUCAAGUACCCAGCCGUGACAUCGACCUUUGGGUCCGCAGGCCAGGACGAGCUCGCUUCUUCGCCUUCCUCCUCUGGGCGGCCAACUGGUUGCUUACGCAAGCCACUGUGGCUCAUGUGUUCUUCGCCUGGUCUGCUACGGACGUGAAGCCCAUCCUCAAACACCUCAUCUCAUCAUUCGCGAUUGUCGUCGCCAUCCCCCAGCUGCGUAAUGCCAUGCCCGAUGGACCCGACUUCGAUGGUGUUCUAAUCGACUUCAUCGGAUUUUUCCCACAGAUGCUCAUCUCCAUCUUCUCGGUCCUGGCGAUGCUUCUUCUCAUCAUGCUGAGGGAGUCCAGCGCCCAUGCGGCUGCCGCCGCCAUGGCGCCCCAGAUACCACCGGUUAGCAGACCAAUGAGCAGGCCGGUGAGCGGCGUUACAGCGGAAAUGAGGGCGCGCCGCCGGUCGCACUCACGCGGCGUCUCCCUGUCGAAAGAGGAGGAAUAUUCCGAGCCGGUCUUCAGCGUCACCGAGUCCAUUCUGAGCCCCGUCAAUGAAGGAGCGACAUCACCGCCAAGGUCACCCCUACGCCCGCUCAUUCUUGGCCUUGGCCGGAAGAAGCGGACGGACUCGGUGGAGCUCGAGAGGGGUGAAGGGAUGCCCCUGAUUCCCAAGCUCAAUCCGCCGCCACCCGGACGCGGACCUCGCGGGCAGCGGGAGGAUCAUCUGAAUGACCAUUACAUUUUCCCGCCACCGGCGACGCCGGGCCCAGCGACCGCGCCGCUCUUCGCGACGGGAAUGCAGCACCAGCAGCAACAUCUCCGGAAUCGAUCUACGAAGAUGGAGUUCUCAGCGGCAUCGGCGCCUGGGUGGGGUGGUCGCCCCGGCAGCGUGUACGGGUACGAGCUGGGCAAAUCCGGCGGCAGCAAGGGAAGUAUACUGAAGAAGACGACCGACCGCUGGUUCUGA